AUGAGCGUUACUACAAAUUUGCGUGUUCAACGUUUGAAAACAAUCACACUGCGCGCCGUGAAUGAAUCAUGCAAACUAUCGGAGAGCAUUUCAAUUGAUUCGGAUGAUAUAUAUUUAAGUUGUGAAAUAAAUCAGUAUACAGUUGGUGUAAAAAUAAUUGAAAGUAACUCAAGAACAGUCACAUCAUGGCAAUUACUUUGUUGUGCAAGCGAAUCCGUAAGGAUUCGAGUGAAAGACUGUAUUCAAACAAAAUUCCUCAAUGAGCAUCGUAGUUCUUCAACGUAUUCAACAGGUGCACAAGUCAUUCGUCGAUGGCAAGCAAUAACUGAAAACAAGUUAUUUUUUUUGUUGGUAUUCAGUGAUAUCCGGUGGUGGUUUCAAAUAUGUCCUGUAGAUAUUAUGCACAAUGAUAUAACGAAAAAGAGGACUAUUUUACGUGCUAGACGUCAAAUUCCCUGGCAAUGGACACGUAACCGUUUCGAUACUGUAGUAGUUGAACCGAUAUUUAUAAAGCAAGAUCGCUUAGCAAGUUUUCAUCCAAAGUUUUCUCAUGAUAUGAGGCGAAUAAAUGCAUUUCCUAAAGCUCCAUUAUUACAAUUUGAAAGUGAACCAAAAGUCGUCAAAAAUUCAAGAAAAUUAAUCAACAGCGGAACCAUGAAAGCAGCUUUUGUAACAGAAAAAAUGUCAUCAGAAUCAUUUACAUCCGAAACUACGAUGAGUACUGAAAAUUCAUUUAUUACCGCAAGUAGUAGAGACAGCUCAACAACAAGCACAACUACGGUAACUUCAUCUACACAGAAAGAAGAUGUUGCCAUGGAUUACUAUGAUAUUUAUGAUGAAAAUUUUGAUAAAUUAAAGUAUGCAAACAGCCAAGGAAUUCUUGGUGGAGUUUCUGAUCUUCUGCAAAAUAUUCAGGAUGGAUUAUCGAUAGCACAAGCAGCUUUACCAUCAGAUGAGAAACAAACUUAUAUUAGCACAACAACUACUGAUGGACCAGCAUUUUUACUUAGUCGGGACGACGACUCGUUAACGAUUGGUAUGAAGCAUAAUACUAAAAAUGGAAUCAACCAGUCAAGAAUCAAACUUGCACGAUAUGGACCCAAAUCUUCUAGAGAAAAUAUGUUAGAACCAAUGACAACUUCAUUUAAAUUGGGUGACCCAGGUGCUAUCCAACAAAUGUUUCAGUUCUUUGGUUUAUGCAAAGGUCAUGAAUUGUAA